GGCAGCAUUAUGCUACGCCAGCGUACAGCCUGCCGGAAUCUAUUAGAAGAAGAACUGCAGGCUAGGCUAACGUUUUGGACGGAUGCGCGGACAGCUGUCAACUCAUGAAAAGAGACUUAUUGAGGUUACAGGAUGGAUACCAGUGGGAAACCCUCAACUGUACAAAUCGUGGUAUUAGCUACCAGCACAGCCCUGACUGCAGCCUUUUAUUACAUGUACAGAAGCAGAGCUGCAACAGUUAUCAAAUUAAAAGAAGCAAAGAAAGUCCCCAUUGACCAGGAUUUGCAAAACUUCUUGUCGGAAACCCCGGGAAAAUGUGUCCCAUAUGCUGUCAUAGAAGGUGUAGUGAAAUCUGUGAAGGAACAUCUGAGCAGCCAGUUUGUCGACAACUGCAAAGGUGUCAUUGACAGACUGACCCUGAAAGAGAAGAAGAUGGUGUGGAAUCGUACAACUCAUCUGUGGAAUGACACGGAGAAAGUCAUCCACCAGCGCACCAACAGUGUUCCUUUUGCCCUGGGUUCACAUGACGAAGAUGUUAUUACCACAGUUCGAGUCGUACGUCCACUGGAGGCUGAAGAAUUGGAUCUGGAGACUGUGUACGAGCACUUUCACCCCACUGCCCAGUCCUUGUCCAAAGCCAUCGGCCACUUUAUCAGCGGGGAGAGACCUAAAGGCAUCCACGAGGCUGAGGAGAUGUUACGGUUGGAUGACAGCCUCACAGGAGUAGGAGAGCUGGUCCUGGAUAACAACGUAAUCAAGCUACAGCCACCAAAGCAGGGUUUCUCUUUCUUCCUCAGUCGGGUGGACUACGAGUCUCUGCUGAGGAAACAGGAGAAGAGCGUCAGGCUGUGGAAGAUUCUGACUAUCAUCUUUGGCGUUGCAGCCUGUUCCACUGUUUUGUUCGUCCUGUGGAGGCAGUAUGUGGAGCACAGAAAGAGAAAGGAGCAGAGGAGCAUGUUUGAGGAGUUCAGGGAGCAGCAGAGGCAUCGCAUGAGGGAACUGAACAUGGAAGAAGACACCGUGGCUCCAAACGUCUGCUCUGUCUGUCUGGGUGGUGAACGCUCAUGUGUGUUUCUGUCCUGCGGCCACGUGUGCACCUGCACCCAGUGUUACGAGGCCCUGCCACAGCCGAAGAAAUGCCCCAUCUGCAGGGCAGUUAUAGACAGGAUGGUGCCUCUUUAUAACAGCUGAUGUGCAUGUCCACGUUCUUCUGUCACACAGUGAGAGGAAACUGUGAAACAUCAUUCAGGGCUUUUGAAUUGUUUUUGAGUAUUUGGGAGGUCAGACAUCAAGAAGAUGUUCUGAAAUCUGAACUUACUUUACCUCGAACAUUGCUUGAAAGUCUAAAUGAAGUCUGAUGCCUUAAGCCGGUUUCCCAUUGCCAAGUCUGGGUUUUCCUUCAAAUUACCUUCCUGAUUCCAAAAAUGAAGAAAUUGGGCCUAAUUGAUUACAGUAGCAGUCUAAAGUUGUCAUAUUAUACAGCAAGUUAGUGCCGACUACAAGCGAUACUGAACGCAGCCCACAACACAAGUGCUGCUGGUCAUCCUCACAGUGGUGCUAUGUGCAGUUAUAACAAGACAUUACUCCGGAGAUAAAAUGUAUCCAUUAUUAACAUGAAAAACUGUCUUCUGCAGAAGAGUCCGUCAUACUUAUCGUGGGAUUAUGGAUGUAUAUUACAUUUCCAGAGGAGAUUUUAUUGCAGCAGUGUGAAAAUGGCCAGCCAGAGAGUGCGGGGGUCAGUGUAUGUGUAUGCAGGGCUACGAGGCUCGCUCCACAAAUAACACAGUCUGUACUGUAUUUUAACACUGUAGUUCCAGCUUCUAAUAACACACUGCCCCACGACCGCUCUGGGUCAGUCUGUUCUUUCCACACUGCUCCAUCACAUCAGACUAAUUGCUUUGCAUCAUGAUGUCAUCACAUCACAAUGUUUUUUUUUUUUGUUUUGUUUUUUUUAAACAUGUUUAAAACUUUCCCAAUGUGUUUUGGCUCAAAAUGAGCUGCAGUGCCACUUCUGGCAUUUAUUGAUGUCUAUUACACCGCAUUUUACACACCGACUGGGGUUUUUUGUGACACAAACAAAGCCAGUUGGGUAUCAAAUAUUGGCAAUGGGAAACUGUCUAUACAUGUGCAAUAAAGACCAAGUAAGCUAUGAAUAACAAAAACACCAUUUAGAAUUAAAGGCAUUUUUUUAAUGUCCAUGAUUACUUGCAUUGUCAGUUUAGAACCCAAACAUUCUUUUGAAAUUAGAAUUCACUG